UCUGUCCUUGCUCCUGCUAUCUGCUGUGAACACAUGAAGCUGCUCCCUUGUCUCCCCAGGUCUCGGUGCUUGUUUGCGGCAGAAACUCUCCCAUCCUCUGGCUUGUCCCCGCGUCUGUGUUCGCUGCUGACCGGCUAGACAUGGAGGAUGACCCGUUGGCAACAGCCUGAAGCCCGUCGUCACUAACUCUUAAUUCAAUCCCAAAAGUCCAUUGCAGGAGGGUAGUAGAUACUACAGGUCAUAUCCCACUCUGAAUGACAGAGUUCACGUUCUGGUUUGUGUCAUUCCUGCUGACCAACUAUCUAUAAUGAGUGAUGAAGUGGUGAAGAAGAUGAGAGAAGUCCGACUGGCAGCCAAUGAACUGGAUAUUCCCCAACUGGCUAUUCUCACCAAAGUUGAUUUAGCCUGUCCUGAGGUGAAACAAAAUCUAAACAAUGCCUAUAAGAGCAUCUACCUGAAGGAACAGGUCAAUGAAGUAAACAUGUUGCUGGGCAUUCCACUAAACAGCAUCUUUCUUGUGAAGAACUAUGAUCCAGAUCCCAACAUCAGUGAUGACAUGAAUGCACUGAUAAUAAAUGCACUGAGACAGAUGAUUACCUUUGGAGACGACUUCCUCAGCGACCCGGGGAGUUUUUCCUUAUCUGCUGCGAGGGUCCCAAGGACAGAGGAAUGUCCUCUGCUGUAAAGCCCUAUGAGGUAAAUUGUGAUUUGUGAUAUUGGACUUUAUAAAUAACAUUGGUUGAUUAAAUUGAUAGACCAACAUUCUGCUGACACAAACCUUGGUCAAAACAUGAAAACAAAAAAGAAAGUUUGAUGAAUUAUGCAGUCUUUGUGUAUCUUCAUGAAUCGUUUUUGGCUUCUAACCUCUCCUGCACAGUGUUACAUUUGUAUACACAUGUAUGUGUAAGUAAGCUAUGUUAAACAUUAGGUAUUCUAUAAACACAUGCACAGCUGCCUCUUCUUACUACAAUGUAAGAAGAGACAAAAAAGUAUUAUAUUUCAAUGCACAAGUUGAAGGAACUGACAGGAGGACAUUUCACUGGAGUGUUAUGAUUUGAUGUGGUGAUUUAUUCAUUCAUUCAUCAGUUGACACUAAUAUAUCAGUAUUAUAUCAUCAUGUGAGGCUUCACUGCAUGACUUUUAGUUGAGUUUAGUAGAUGAAAUUCCUGAAUAAAGUAUAUGUAACGUGUUCAAAACCUGGCUUUGCAAAAAUGAUGCUUGUUUGUACUGUGUAAGAUUAAAUGAAAGACACUGAAAUAAAUAAACAU